GUCCAGAUCAGUGUCAUUGUUGUCAUUUGUUGCCAUUGUUCACUAUUGGGGAUACCUUUUCAUUGAUUGUAAUACAUGUAAUCGGAUUACAUAACCAUUAUUAUUCUAAACUAUAAUGAAUACAUUAUGUCAUAUUCUAUGUUAUAUAGUUUUAUAUCAAAUUCUAUGUAUUACAUGGAUUGGAAAAGUUGAUUCAGGUCAUUCAGAGAAACGUUUAUUAAAAUAUUUAUUUGAUCAAAAACGAUGGGAUGCCCACAAUCCAAUGGAACGUCCAGUUUCAGUAGAUGGUAAACCUGUACAAGUAUUUCUUAAAUGUUUCCUUAAUCAAAUAAUGGAUGUAGAUGAAAAAAAUCAAGUUCUAUCUACAAUCAUUUGGCUUGAUUUAAAAUGGUCAGAUUAUCAUUUCCAUUGGAAUGCAAGUGACUAUGAAAAUAUUCGACAGAUAAAUUUACCACCAGAGAGAAUAUGGAAACCAGAUAUUCUAUUAUAUAAUAGUGCUAGUGAAAAAUUUGAUCAAAUUUUUCCAACGAAAGUCAUUGUUAGAAAUACUGGGAAUAUUCAAUGGGUACCACCGGGUUUAUUUCAUUCUAUUUGUGAUAUUGAAGUGAAUUGGUUCCCAUUCGAUUCACAGAAUUGUAUAAUGAAACUUGGAACAUGGACUUAUCAAGGAAAUACAGUAGAUUUAAAAUUACAAUGUGAUAAUGAAACUGAAGAUGUGGAUCAACCAUGUCAUUAUAUGAAUGAUGUCGAUUUAUCUACUUAUUUAGCUCAUAGUGAAUGGGCUUUAGAAAGUGCUUCCAUUAAACGUAAUAUACAAACUUAUGGUGGUGAAGAUCAAACAUACAUUGAUGUUACCAUUUAUGUUUAUAUGCAACGUCGUGCAUUGUAUUACAUGUUCAAUAUUAUCAUACCAUGUAUGAUAAUGUCAAUGAUGGCAUUACUUGUAUUCACCUUACCACCUGAAGCCAAUGAGAAAAUUGUAUUAGGUGUUACCACUUUACUUUCGUUGACAAUGUUAUUACAAUUAGUAGCUGAUAAACUGCCACAAACAUCAUCAGGAAAUCCUGUACUUGUCUUAUAUUUCACAUGCACAAUGAUCCUUUGUUCACUUUCAUUGGUAUGCGCUGUGGUUUUGCUAAAUUGUCAUCAUCAUACAGGAGGUAUUGUUUAUGUACCAUGGUGGAUUGAAACAUUAAUUAAUAUAUGGUUAGCAAGUAUUCUAAGAAUUGAUCAUGAUCUAUCGGAUCCUAACAAUAAUAAUAAUAAUAAUGAUAAUCACCAUGGUGAUAAUACUAAUAAUAAUAAUAAAACGGAACCAAAUUUUAAAAAUUCUAAAGAAAAAUUAAUCCCUAGCGAAAACUCUUUUCAAUUAGAUCAAUAUGAUUAUGAUAAAUUCAAUCAUCAUAUACACCUUAAUCAUUCAUAUAAUAAUAAUAGUAAUGGUAAUGGUAAUAGUAAUGUAAGAAAUGCUACAGUUUGGUCCAAUAUCAUUGAUAUGAAUUCGGAAUUUCGUCCAACAAUUGUCAUUCAUAAAUCAUUCAAACAUGAUAAUAAUCAUAAUGGUAAUAUGAAAAAAUCUUUAUUCAUGAAUCAAAUCAAAUUGAAAUCUGAAUUACAAAGUAGAAUUCAACAAAAUUAUUUCAUUGAUCUGGAUCUGGAUUAUGAUCGUGAUCGUUGUGAUCAACAUCGAUUAUCAACAGAUUUAUUAGGUAAACCAUUGAAUAAUAUGCCUUAUCAUACCACUAAUACUAAUACAAUACCAGAGGAUAAAGGGAAUAGUCGAACAAAUGCAACUAGUCGGUUACAAUAUACAUGCAAACAAAAUUUAACUGAAAAGUCAAAAUAUUUCAAUAAAACAAUUCCAAGAUUUCAUUUAUCAUCAUCAUCAUCAUCAUCAUCAUCUAAUGAAUCUCCACAUGAUUCAUCAUUAUCUUCAUCACCAACACCACUACCACCAGCAUCGUCGUCGGCGGCAGCGGCGGCGUCGUCAUCAUCAUCAUCAAGAUCCACAGUAUUUUCAUCUCCAAAUAGAAUUACUGAUCCAAGUAGUUCUAGUCCAUUCAAACAGAAUCAUAAUAAUAAUGAUUCUAUGAAUUUUGAUAUAAUUCUAUUAAAAUUAAAACAAAUUUCUAAUGAAUUACGUUUUAUUACAUCCGAUAUGCAUAAUAAAGAUAAAGAGAUAAAAACAUCAAAUCAAUGGCGUUUAGCAUGUCGUGUAUUAGAUCGUUUAUGUUUAUUAAUAUUUACUGCAUUAAAUUUAUUUACUACAUUAGGGAUAUUAACAUCAGCACCAACUGUGAUUAAAGCAUUCACAUCAAGAGGUGCACCAUCACAAUCAAUGUAAUAUCUAUGUAUGUAUCUAGGUAUAUAUGUAUGUAUGUAAGUUGGUAUGUAUGUGUACGUAUGUUGUAUGUUUGUUAAUAUGUAUGUAUGUAUGUGUAUGCAUGCAUGUAAGUAUGUAUGCGUGUGGUAUGUAUGUAUGUGAGUAUGUAUAUGUGUGUAUGUAAGCAUGUAUGUGUGUGUGUUUGUAUGUAGUAAGUAUGUAUGAAUGUAAGUAUGUAGGUAGGUAUGCAGGUAUGUAUAUGAUAACUUACAUUGAGUACUUAACUUUUUGUUCCGUUUUUCAAUUUUUACACUGUUCAUGGAUUAUUCUAAGAAAACAAACUUAUGCUGGUAUUCUUUUCUUUCUUUCUCCCUCUCUCUCUCUCUGUGUGUGAGAGAGUAUGUUACUAGGGGGUUUUAAUGUUUACCAUUGGAAAUUGCUUUUGUUUUUCCCAUUGAUUUCAUUAUACGAUAUGAUUACAUAUUUAAAUGUUAAUACUUAAUACAUGUAAAGUCAUAUUACGAAAUUGAAUUACUUAUAAUGAUGUUAAUAUUUAAAUGGAUGUUCUUUAUUGUUAUACAAGAAAUGGUGUCUAAAUUUAAUCGAAUACUUUCAUAAUAUUUGAGAGCUGAGUUGUGAAAGUAUUGGACAGCUGUUUCGUUCUGGGUUGGGACUGACAUUAGUGAACGGUGGCACAAUAUUGUGAAUUGGUUGAAGUUAGACAUUAAAACCGUUCAAUGCCGGUUACCUCAAUCGUCUACAGGUUAAGCAUUCACUUGCGAGAUCGAAGGUCGUGAGUUGAAAUUCGGCGUGCAGAACUGUGGAUAUGCACUACUGAGGAGUUCCAUACUAGAAUGAAUUUAAUAAAAGAAAGAAACCUAUUAAAUAUAAGAAAUUUCGUCUUAAUUUGAUCGAAUACUUUCACAAUAUUUGGGAGCUGAGUUGAUGUGACGAUGUACUUGUAAAAUUUCAGUGAAUGAAUUUGAAGUAAAUCUUUUUGUUAUAUAUCAUUUCGUAAGGAAUUAAACGGUAGAAAUGCAACGGAUGAUCAAUUUAUGUUAUUUAAGCAUAGAACUGAACUGUUUUGUAGAUAGUUUUGACGAUUUUACGAAAGUACUUAAUAAGUCUUUUAAUUGAACGCUAGAUUCGGUUUCUAAGUUCUUCUGAUAAGCCCCAGGUUAAAUCUACGCAGUGACUUGAAGACGAGAGAAAAGGUGAGUGAUAUAGAAGAGAGGCUUUACUCCAAAGGUUCACUUAUGCAUAGAAAAUCUAGAGUAUUUAUAAUAUUUUUUGGAUGGUUUUGAGUUUCCGGUAAUUUCUGGAACCCUACCAAACAUAGUAGCAGUAUAGGUAAUCAUCCAAUCAGAAACGUAACAUGUGACUUUUCACUUUUCUUGUUGUUUCUGGCUAAACUUCUAUUGAAUGCUAAUUGGAAAAGAUGCUUCUCAAUGUGCUCAGAGCCUUUUUGACUUUUUUUUCAAAGAGUGUUCUGGAUCUUCUGAACAGCAAUUGAUUUGGAAUAUAUUCAAGCUAUGUAAAAAAAAAUUGAUUGUUGGACAUAUAUUUUAUCUUGCUUGAAAUUCGUCAGUUAAAUACACUUUCUUCUAAACGUUGAUACUCGAAAUGAAACUAGAACCUAGUGCUUAUUGUUUCAAAUUCCAACAAAUAACUUGUGGCGAUCAACUAACCUGGCACAUAUACUAGAUGAAGGCUCAUUAGUUUCAAUCCCGAAAUAAUAACAAAAAGAAAUUAUAACGGUGAGAUGGAUGACGUUAAGGAACGAUGAAUGACCUUGGAGCUAUUUUGGUGUUUGAAUAC